AUGGAUGGGAACCGUGGAAACAGCAAUGAGUCCUGGUCCAACUGGUUUGAGCCCGAAUUUGUUCUCCAGACUACGGCAACGAUUGAUGGCUGGCCAGAAUUCGCGAAUCGAUUGAUCAAGGAGACUAAAAAGGAUCAGAUCCACAACUUCAAACUCGUGUGGCGUGAGCCGCAACUUUGCUGGACUUCCCCGGGCGGACGAGUCGUGCAAAUUGACAAUACGGCGCACAUCUUCUUUCCAUCAUCCGGGAAUGGUGCCGCACUGGGUAUGGAAGAUGCUGUCUCUCUGGCAGCUUGCUUACAAAUUGCCAGGAAAGGGGAUGUGCCCUGGUCGACCCGUGUCCGUAAUAAACUCAAGUUGGUCGCGGUCUUUGAGUGA